AUGGGUCGUGGAUCUACUCGCUAUUCAUCUAGUAGAGGAGGAAGUAGUGGAAGUAGUGGACGUCGUGGUGGACGCGGCGGACGUGGUAGUGGACGUGGUAGUGGACGCAAUGGUAGUGGACGUCACGACGGCCCGGACUUUCGUGCUCCUGGAUACAAUGAUGGCAUCGCAUGUAGCGUAAAGGAGUCUCUAGUUGGUAUUCAGUACUUUCUGAUGCCACAAGUGGAUGGUUUCCAUGGCGCCAUCAAGCAGCGCUACUCGGACUUUAUCGUGCACGAGGUGGCAGUGGACGGUCAAGUGGUGAAGCUCACGGAUGUUAAACGCUUUAGUCGUGCUUCUACUAAGCCACAAAAAGUGAGUGAAAUCUUCAAGCAUCGCGUGUUUGCACUGCUGAAUGAUGCAGCAAAUGACAAGAUGGACAUUCCCGUGUCGGUGCAUACACUGGUAGGAAAAUUAGCAGCUCAAUUGCUGGGUCUGUUUAAUCGAAACAAGAGAGCACGAGUGCUCAAGCAGGAAAAGGACGAUAUCGAGAAGCUGAAAGAAGCUGUUGCUCGAGUAUGUGGGGACGAGACGGCAGGGAAAUUACGAGACUUUAUGCUCAAGUUAGUGGACGUACAGAUGAAGGAGGAGGAAGUCAAGAGACUAGCAAAUAUGGAGAGUAAACACAAGAGUCGAGAGGAGAAGAAGGACGUGCUAGUUACUGAGAUGCACGAGACCGAAACAACGUUUUUCUUUCCACCGAUUGAAGCAAAGGAGACGCGAGCAGCAAUGCACCAAGUUUUGCGCAAAUUUGGCCGUGGUAUUGUGGUGUCCGAUACGACGACUAAUGGUGAUGGGGUGUCGGUUGUUCGAGUGCGACGUGUGAUGAUAGGAGGCAAAAAGCGUAAGGAUAUGGACCAGCGUGGAGGAAUUGAUGCACGUGGAUCGUGGCCGAAGAAUCGCCCCGAUUACUUGCAGUUUGUGCUUUACAAGCGCAAUUUGGAGACCAAUAGCGUCAUGAUGCAGUUAGCAAAGGCCAUGAACACGAACGUAUCGAGCUUUACGUAUGCUGGUACCAAGGAUAAGCGUGGAAUUACGACGCAGCUUUGCACAGUCUACCGUGGAUCGAAGGAGCGACUGGAGACGCUUAACCGUGCUGACCGUGAGCUAGACUCGUUCAAUUUUCUCGUCGGUAACGCGACGUACGUCUCACAACGAUUGAACCUUGGUGACUUGCGUGGCAACCGCUUCUCGCUGGCUAUCCGUGAUCUUCCUGAUGACGACACGAUCUCGGACGAGCAGAUCCACAACGCGGUUCGCAGCUGGAGUGAACACGGCUUCAUCAAUUACUUCGGUCUGCAGCGAUUUGGUACCAAAGCUAUCGCCACACAUGAAAUCGGACGGGCAAUAUUGCAGCGCGACUACAAGCGUGUGGUUGACUUGUUGCUCUCUCCGCAAGAGGGUGACGCGACGAAAAUUCGCGAGGCACGUCAGGCCUUCCAGGAUAACCAAGACGUUGAAACUGCGCUGAAAGCGUUACCUCCGUACUUGAUCGCUGAACGUGCAGUGCUGCAGGGACUACGUACACAUGGUAUGACAUCGUACGCCACUGCAAUUCAGGGCAUCCCUCGUCACCUCCGCAUGAUGUACACUCACUCGUAUCAGAGCUACGUUUGGAAUUUUGUAGCAAGCGAGCGCUUGGUGCAGUUUUCUAGGAAUUCGCCUGUUGUGGGAGAUCUCGUGAUUCCUCACGAUAAGAUGACGGAAGAAUACGUCGUUGAUAGCGAAGGUGGAGAUGCGGAUGAAAAAGAAGAUGAAGCUGCCCAGCCGAACAAGAAGCCCCGGACGUCGGCUGAAACUUCACGUCCCGAGGCGAGUCCUUGCGUCGUUACUGCUGAAAACUUGAGCCUAUACAGCAUUUAUGACGUGGUGCUCCCACUACCAGGCUAUAGCAUCACGUAUCCGAAGAAUGCGCUUAAGCAGCGAUACGAUGAGAUCUUAAAGGCUGACGGCGUGGACUUUCAAACGCUGGAACGUGCUACCAACUCUGAAUACCAUCUUCCAGGGUCUUACCGUCACGUGAUCAGGAAGCCUACGGGUGUAGAGCAUGAAAUCAAAAGAUCAAAUGACUCCUUGAUGCCACUCCUGGCGACGGACGUUGAUUAUCUCACCGGUCGUUCUGCCCCAGCUUCCAUUCCCGAUGGAACGUAUCGUGCUCUAUGCUUGGAGUUCCAGCUUGGUCCGUCCUCAUACGCAACAAUGGCGGUUCGCGAACUGAUGAAGCAGAGUAGCAACCUUGACGUGCAGCUGCAGCUGAAACAGAAGCUUGAUGCGAAGGCAAGCAGAUAA